CGCGGCGAGCGGGGGAGCGAGGGUUUCUUGCGAGGCGCCGCGACGAGUCGACGAGGCGAUGCUGCGCCGCCGCCUAGAUCCGGUAUGUUGUGCUCCCGGGGCUGAUCAAGCGGCUCUCUCUUGGCGCUCGGGUAGCUAGAAUCUACAUUCUUGAGCGAUGUAUUCCUCCGGCUUCUUCGUCUCCCUCCUCUCCGCCCUCGCAAUGCUGUUCGCCGGCUUGUUCUUGUCGCUCCACGGCGCCUACGCGGCUCAGCCAAGAUUCACCGUCGUGUGAUUCGCGUUUGGCUGGAUAGCGCCCCGGCAAUGGCUGCAUUCUCGCAGCCGGGCCGUGAUCUCCAGGACAGGGACGUCAAGAAGCGAGUGAAUCCCAUCUACGACGAAGACGAGGAAUUCUACCAGUCGGAGUCCUCUGCGAAUCUGUCCGGUGACUUCUAUGACGAUUUGUCGCGGCCGGGGAAGAUGGACACCAUUUACGAGUCCUUCGAGGAGUUUGUGGAUUCGUCCGACGAGAGAAGCAACGGGGCCAGCUCCACGGAUUGCACGAGUAGCUCCGCGCGUGUCUCAGCGGACUCUCCCACCAGCAUUUUGCGACGAAGUGUGAGGGCCUGGUGUGAUGCUACAGGUUUGCCCACCACCGUACACGUUGAGAUAAAGGAGCGGAGCUUUGGACUACACAAGUUUCCUUUGACAUCCAGAAGUGGCUUAUUCAAGCGCUUGCUCUCGGACCAAACUUAUGUGAAGCUGGGUGACGACUUUCCAGGGGGCUCCGAGGUUUUCGAGCUGAUCGCAAGCUUUUGUUACGGCUCGACUAUCCACAUCGACGUGUCAAAUGUUGCGGUUCUGCGGUGCUGUGCCGAGUUGUUGGAGAUGACGGAGGAAUACCGGAAGGGAAAUCUGUGUGGCAGGACUGAAGACUACCUGACUCAGGUGGUGUUUAAGAGCUGGGUGGAUACAUUGUCGGUUCUUCAGCAAUGCGCGAAGCUAGUGCCGGCGAGGGAAGCAUUUCAGAUUAUUAGCCGGGGUAUUGACUCUCUAGCAGCUGCCGCUUGCAAGGGCAUUCGACAGGAACGGGUCUCUGUAACGUCAGAGAAUGACAGGUGCUCCAUGGUUAAGGACAUACUCGAGCUGCCAGUUACUUUCUUUGAUAGGUUGGUCAAUGGGCUUAGGAAACAGGGGCUGGACGAGAAGCCGGUUAGCCAGCUGAUUUUGGAGUACAUCAAAAGAUGGGUUUUGGGAACGAAAGAGGGGACUGAUGUUAAAGAUGGUGAUGUUCACCUUUUCGAAGCGACCGUGAGACUGCUACCUUUGGAGAGAUUUCUGGUACCGAUCAAAGUUCUAUUGUCUUUGCACGGGUGCGCGUUGGCAUGGAAUGCGAGCAAGGACUGCAGGUUACAGCUAGAAGCCAGGAUUGUUUCCCAGCUCGAGCUGGCCACUGUCGACGACUUUCUCAUGUCAUUGAGAACGUCCAAAAACAGCAGAGCUCACAUGGACAGCAUGCGGCAGAUUGUGUCGGAAUUCAUGUCGCAGCAGGAAAUUCUACUCGACGGUUCGGAAAUGCUUCUCACUGAGCGGGAGUUGAGAAGUGCAUCUUCGUACAGCUUCUUGGCCGUUUCAGCAGUCGUGAAGGUUUGGGACGAGUACCUCGCGGAGAUUGCAAGCGACCCCGAAGUAGGCCCCAGGACAUUUGUGGAACUUACAGAAGCUGUUCCGUCAAACAUACGUCCAAAUCAUGAUCUUCUUUACAGGGCCAUCCACGCCUACUUUCAGUCACAUCCGAGUCUGAGUCACGCAGACCGGGUAACCGUAUGUCAAGGCCUGAAUUGCCAAAAGCUGUCGCGAGAGAUCUGCAUGCAUGCUGUUCAGAACGAGCUCAUGCCCCUGCGGAUGAUAGUGCAAGCUAUGUUUGUCCAACAGCUCGAGUCGAGAGGUGCCGAGCACCUGGACAAUCCUCUCAGGCCGGUGGCCAGUGUCGAAAGAAGGACUAACCCGAGCAUCCCAAGCCAGGCCUUCGGACGUGAGGCCAGAGACGAUGGCCUACCUCUGGGAGUUAUCCUGCAAAGAGACGCGGCUUUCCGCGAGGCGGCAUUCCUGAAGGAUGAUUUCGAGGCGACAAAGGCCAGGCUCAAGGAGCUAGAACAGGAACUGAUGCGUAUGAAGAUGACCAUGGACGUGGAUCGUCCGGCCAGCAAUGGCAACCAUGGCGGCAGGCCCGCUUUUAUGGACGGGAAAGGCAGGAAGAAGCUCGCGGGGAGCUGCAUGUACCAGGUGUGGGGAGCUCAAACCAGCGGGAUCAGGUUCGGGCAGCGCAUCACAAAGACGUUUCAGAAGCUGGGAUUGGGAAGCUUUUGGAAGCCCAGGCCGAGUGGGGCUGCGCAGCAGCGGACCAAGGAUCACACCAGCGCGGGUGUAGCCGAUUGUAAAGUCCGGCAAUGGCAGGAUGAACAGGAUUAUGGAAGGCAGCAACAACAGGAGCUGGAGGCUGGAACUCCGUUGCGAGCUAGCUCUUUCCGCAAGGUUGAAGGAGAGAUCUCCAGCGGCGUUCUCCGGCGCCACGCCAGGCACCACUCCUUCUCUUGAUCAAGAGGUCUCUCACUAUCUAGUAUCGAAGUUCUGAGAUUAUUUGAUAGUUGUUGACUGUUCGACUAGGCCUUUGACUAAAGGAUAUGCUGUACCGAUUCUUUGCCCUAUCCCACAUGCUGGGGCGCAGAAUGAGGGCACAAUAGCAGUAUAUAAGAUAGGGCCUGGGGAAGUGAACCAUACUUACCUGGACGGGGUCUAUUGAUGAUCAUGAAGGCCAGUGGCCUAGGUUCGGCUUUCCCAUUGCACUAAGGCUUGGCCGGCCUACCAUCUUCCCAAAGUGGAGGAGUGGACGUCGUAAUUUGUGGAAGUUGAGGGCUCGCGUACGCGCGGCCCUCUC